AUUUCAUGAUUGGUUUAUCGUAUUUUCCAGGUCGUGCGUGUCGGCAAUGCAUACUUAUUGUGUUUUUUGUAUUUAAGUUUGAACUUUUAGGCUAUGUUCGGUCUAUUCUUAUCCAGACCAAUAACUCCCCCCAGGCUGUCCAGCUAUUUGCACGUGGCUGUAUAGUGGGACACCCUAUGAUUGAAUCAGCCAAUUGGAAGUGCGCUCACCUGAUUGCAGAUCUGAAAAUAGUGCGACAACAGGAGGUCAUUUGGAUCGCGCGUGAAGGAGAACGAGCAUACACGCUUGUGGGAGCUGCACGAAUAGCUUAUAUCCCAACAUUGACCAACCUGAUUCUCUUCAGUGGAUGACAGAGGCUGCAAAAAUGACAGCGAAAAGUAAAACCGUCACACUUGAAAGACGCGCAGGUGAUUUAACGGCAUUGUACUGUAUGCAUGACUGGAUGGUUGUGCUGGUGUUGGCUGUUAUUGCCAUAUUGACUGUAUGGGCUGGACUCAUAAUAUACGAAUAUAUACAGACAAUAAGAGGCAAAAGAAGAAAAGGGGAUGUUGUUGAUACUAUCCAGGAAACUGAAAAGGAGGAAAAGGACAACACCAACGAAGAAAACGAAUCUGUCGCGUCAACAGAGGAGAGCGAAGUGGUGUCAGGCACCCUGAAAAGCUGGGAGGAAGAUGGGUGGAAGAAGGAGCCAAUAGAAUGCAUGCCCCCCAAAAAUGGGAAUGAACAAACCAUUGAGGAAAUCCCUACAACCAAUGAAGAUGAAGAACCCAUUGGGGAAAUCCCAGUAACCAGCGAGGACGUAGAACAAAUUUCCACCAACCCAACAAUAACCAAUGAGGAUGUAGGCGGAAUUGAGGAUAUUCUGACAAUGCCUCAUGUGGACCUUUUAUGUGGAACGCAGAAGCGCCUACUAGAAUGUCCAGGUGAUUAUUCAACGGUCUGUUCCAAUGAAAACCUCACUGACAUAUUGACUGACAAUGACCUCCAAGAACCUGGUGAUUUGUUUGAUAGAAAGACCAAGGAAACAGAAAAUCAACCCGCCCAUUUUGGUGAUGUGGAGACUGAUCAGUUCAAACCCCUAGAUAUCGAGAUGGCCAGCCAUGUGGCCGCUAAAGUAUUUAGUGACGUGGACCUUACUGAAGCCCUGCCUGAACAUCGGUGUAAAGCGGAGAUGGCAGGAGUUAAAUGUCCCGGAGUGAUGACCGGCCCUGAUGCCAAGGAAGCUCCAGAAGAGACCGCGGCGAUGACAUUGACCUUUACAGACGUUGACAAAAAUCUGCCUGAUGAUUUAUGUGUCACAGAGAUGGAGGAAAUAAAAUAUCCAGAAGAUAUGACCAGUUGUGUUGUCUUUGCCAACCAGCCUCAAGAUGAGAAGUUGAUGUCAUUCAGUGACACUGGACUUCAGUCAGAAAUAGAAUGUGUGGAUUACAAUAGACACUGCAAUGUUGCUGUUGCCAAUGCCCUGGAAACCAGAAAUCUACCUGAACUGGGCUCAACUGACAUACUAAAAGAACCGGAACAUUUGUUGAAUAUGGAGGAGGAAGUAAAAUGUCAAGAUCAUGCAUAUUGCCCGUCAGAUGACACAGAGAAUGAAGAACCUGUGUAUGUCGUGGAGAACAAGGAAGAGGGAGUAGAAUGUCCAUUUGAUGAGCAAAUCUAUCAAAAUCCAGAACAUCUCGGUGAAAAUCACCUCGAGUCUGACCCUGGCCUCCAAGAACCUCACAAUGUAUGCCAUGAGGAAACGCCAGAAGUAGAAUUCAUAGGUGCUAACACGGACAACGUGGUGGAGGCCAUAGAAGAUGUACUUGAAGUUGAACCUGCAGUGACAUUGAGUGACCACGACCUCCAAGAACCUGACAAUUUAUGUGAAGCUGUAAAGGCAGAAGCACCAUGCCCCGUCCGACGUUUGGAUGUGACUACACCUGUUGGCUUGGCCAUCGAGUCUCAGGAAGAGAGUCAUGAUGGUACGUUGCCUGAUGCUGAAAAGGGGCCUGGUAUGAAGGUAGAGGAUGUAGAAUGCCCAGAAGUCGGACUUAGGAAGGCGGUUUCUGAAAUGGCUUCUGUAAAUGACGACGUGGUGAUUGGCUGUGCAGUUGAAGGGUUUAUGGAGGCCGGAGACGGAGACAUCGUUUCUAAGAAGGAGGUAGAGCGUGAAGAUGAAGAGAGCGUGGACCGACUGAUCGAAGAGAGCUAUGGGAAAGUUGAAAUAAACAUCAUGGAAGCCACAAUGGACUGCAAUGAAUGGAUGGCUGUCAGUGGCACUGACACCCAGAAACACACCGACUCCAUUGAGUUCCUCGGUGAGAUGGAGCAGCGUCAGCCAAUAGACCCUCCGGAUGACCUGGCUGACUCAUCCAAGGUCAGAGAAGCAAGAAUCCCACUGGAAUCUCUACUUGGAGACCUGCAUGGCAAAAAGAUGGCCGCCACGCUUCCCAUCAAACUCGAGACCGUAACCUUGAGGUUCUGCAUCCACUACCACACCCACUCCCCUCAGCAGGAACUGGCUGUGACCGGCAACCAGCCGGAGCUGGGGAGCUGGAAGGGCUUUGUUCCUCUGGAGCGAGGCCCGGAUGGAUUCUGGGUCAGUUCAGUUCUGCUGCCUGUGGAGAGGCAGGUGGAAUGGAAGUUUGUGCUGGUGGAGGACGGCUUGAUCAAACGCUGGGAGGAGUGUGUGAAUAGGUGCCUGGAGACCGGCAGUGGCGGGGAGGAGGUGAUGCUUCAUAAGUGGUGGGGCUGUCUCUGAAGAAGUCUCACUUGUCUUAAACCGGUUGAAUCCAUGCUGUUUCUGCAAAAACAUUUUCAUCCAACCGUAAAUUUACACAGAUUUUCACUGUUACUGAUUUCAAGGCUAGAUGUAAAACGGUCAGUGACUAUUGGUUUACCUCUAAGGGAAUAGCACAAGGGGUCCUUCCAAUGUCCAUUCUGUCGUCAGGACGGCCUAAUUUGAACCUCACUCUUCCCUAAUUGGUACGGAAUAUGCAAAUAAUCUGGAUUCCUCCAGACAGUCUCUUGAAGACCAGGGUGUUCAUUGAAAGUUCCCGGAAUGCUGCCACCCUAAUUUGUCUACACUUAACGAGGUGUUGGGUUAGUUUGUGCACUAGUCACCUAAUUAUUUUUAAUCCACUGAUUAAUCUGUGUGUGAUUAUAAUCUGGCAAUGCAAAAUGCACAUAUCACUUUUCAAUGGAGCGCCUGAAGAAAUAUGAUCACUUCAAAUUGUAUUUCUAGCGGAGUGUGUGCUUCCUACUUUGGACAACUCUAAUCAGUAUUUGUGGUGUGGCAUUAUAACAAUGAUCACAGCAGUAAUGUUAUCCAGGUAUUUUACAUGUUUUAGUGCCUUGUGAUUGUGAAAUGGGCUGUUUGUAUUGACUGAAAAUUGUCUGGUGUACUCUUAUGUGCGACACAAUAUACACGUGUCAGUGAGUUAUGCAAAAGAUGUCUUGUCACUGUUUGGGAUGCUGCUAAAUAUAUAUGGAGUUUUUAAUGUGUUUUUGUUUUUCCAUAGCUGUAAAAAAAAAAAAUAUUUAGAUCUGGAAUCCAGUUAAAUCACUCUUGCUUGAAAUAUUUUAAUGGAAUCAAGUUUUAUCUACUCUUAUUUACCUUUGAGACUUUGAUAAAAGGUUUAUCAGUAGUUAAUUCAGCACAUGUUUUUCUGUUCCUGUAAUGUUGACUCACAACAGACCUAGUGUUCUAUUUUGUUUCAUUUCUCAAUUUAUUUUUUAUGUACUGUUCUAACCUUCAGUAAAAAUAAAGGAUUGAAGUCUUGUUUGCA